GCGCGUUUGCCUUGUUGCCACAGCAACAGACCAGCUGUCAGUCCUGGAGAAAGGUCGAAAAUAAUGGAGUGGGUCUGUUUUAAAUUGCCAUGGCGUUUACCCGGAACCCCGUUUAUGUGUGCACGUAUUAAAAUCUCAAUGAAAUAUCAAUUAAAGCAAAUUUCCAUUAAUAUCAAAUCUUCUAAUGAAAUAGAAACCUUUGACCAGCGAACUGAUAAUAUUUGGUAUUGCAAGCAGGCCUGAGAUGUUAAUGAUUAUCCCCAUGCUGGCCUUAUAUCUUAUCUCAGCUGUUUCAUUUAGCAUUGAGUCUUCAAAAGGCAGCAGCUCAGAGGCAAUGUUCACUUGCCAGCACAACGGGAGUUAUUUCCACCCCACUAUGGACAUUUACUACUUAUAGCCUCCAGUUAAAAGUCAGAUAAUCAUGGCUAUUUUUCAGGUCUCUAGGUUCCUGUGGUCACUGGGUGCAGUUUUAGUGAUUUUACCCCACUUAAAUAUCGGAUUAUUGUCUGACUACAAGAUCUGCGGAGACUCUGAGUGUCAAAGCCUCCUAAGCAGAGUGCAGGCUAUAAGGGACCACCGUGGUAAGGACUGUCGUUUCCUGAGCUUCAGGCAAGGAGACACAAUCUUUGUUUACCACAAAUUGACUGGAAAGAGGAAUGACCUGUGGGCAGGCAGUAUUGACAAAGAGUUUGGAUAUUUUCCAAAGGAUGCAGUGCAAGAAGAAGAGGUUCAUACUACUGUGGAGAAAGUAGUGGAAACACAGAAAUCUGAUUUCUUCUGCAUGAAUGAGUUUGGCUCAACUUAUCUGGAUAUGGAUGAUGAUGAUGAUUAUAUUGAUCAGAAAAUCCAAAUCCCGGAGCCAGAAACCACACAAAAAAUUACCCAAAGCACUGAUGACACGAACGCUGAAAGCCACUUAACAACCUCAGACUCCCCAGUUUCUGCACAGGAAGAAGAAGAACAAGAAGAAGAGGAUCAGAAUAAAAAUGUUGGUGGUUCCGGAGCUGGGUUUCAAGAGGAGACACAUGAGAUUCCUGUGGUUCCUAAUCAACAAGGUGGGUCUCCCUCCUCUUCCUGGCUUGGUUCUUCAGUGACAGGAUGGUUAGGUCUGGGUAAAGAGGACCAACCGGACAGUGUGGCUGAAGGGGAGAUAGAAGAUAAGAGGGAAGACACUCAGUCUGAAACGCUCACAUCCUCUGUGACAGGAUGGCUAGGCUUCGGAGGAAAUGGAAAACCUGACAAUGGCAAAGAAAGUGUGAAACUUAAAGAAGAAACUGCUGAAUCGUUAACUUCAACCAUGACUGGGUGGCUCAGCUUUGGAGGUGGAAGCAAAAGUGAGACAGAAGAGGAACAAGAAGCAGAUGAAGACAAAGAACCCACAGAGAAAUUCAGGAGCAGGAGGAUGUCCUUGGACCUUGAAGGCAGCCAGUUGCAGGAAGAGGAGAAGAAAGAGAUGGGGACUUUAGGUUGGCUGGGGAAUGGGCUGUCAAGCACACUGGGGUUUGGUUUGACCAGUCAGGAGUCAGGACAGGAGAAGGAGGAGAAGGUGCAGGCUAAUUCUUGGUUAAACAUGGAGAUUGAAGGUACUCUAGGUUUCAGGAAAGAUAAAGUUGGAGAUAAUGAAAACAAAGAAAGUGAAUCUAAGGAGGCAGAAAUAAUCACAACUUUAAAGCAACCAACAGGAUCGCAGAAUGUGGAUCACAGUGAGUCAGAGGAGGAAAUUAUUAAGACAAGCAAUAAUUCAAAGGAGGUGGAAGAACUGUCAGAAGACCAAAAUAUCCCGUCUACAGAACCACUUAAUGGUCAGAGUGUUGAUAGCAACACAGAUAUUUCAGACAGUGGGAUAAACAGCGAUUUCCAUGAAGAGGCUGAACCCACAGUUGAUAACAAAGAUAUUUCUCCUGAAAGGAAGUUUGAAGAAGAAUCUCAGGCUUUAGUAGAAUCACCCCCCAGUAAAGAUGACGAUGACAAUAUAGAAAAAAGCAAAAUAAAUGAGGAGAGAUCUGAAGAAAGGGAAGGUGAAGACGCUGUGAUUCACAAACCAAUUGGAAAUGAACAUAUGGAUAAUAGCAGGGAGUCAGGAGAGGAAGAAAGAAAAACUCCAAGUGCUAUCAGUCAGGAUUCAACACCACCAUCUGAAACACCAUUUGAAAGCAUUUUGGGCCCUGAUCACGUUUCAGUGGAUUUAAAGUCAAAGUCUUUGCUGGUCAAGGAAGAUGAAAAAGACCAGAUGGAGAACAAGAAAUCAGAAAGCGUGGAGGAGGAAGGGGCAGAAAUCACAAAUCAAACUGAUAACACAGAAGAACCCACAGAAAUGUCUCUUAAAAUCACCAGGGGUGACGAUAAUAAAGGAGAAGUCAGUAAUAAGGAUACAGAUUUACCUGAAACUCAGACUGAGGAGCUGAACAGUGAUGUAGAAGACAGUAGCACAGAGAGCCAGCCUCACUUACCGUCAUCUAUGGAGAAAAACGAUCCAGUUCCAGCUGAGAAUGAAAGUUUUACUCCUUGUAGUGCUGAAACAAAUAAUGACAAUUCAGAUACAAUAGCUCUUUUUGAUAAUAACACAGAAGCAGAGACAGUUCAUAUGGAGUUAGAGCAGGAGGGAGAAACUCUGAGCUCACAGGAAUUUGAUUCACAGCAUAACCCUGGUAGAAGCACUCAAACUAUCCCAAAGGAUAGAGGAACAAGUGCACCAACCACAGAUCAGACCUCCGUGUCUCCAGUGAUGGAGCAUGUUAACAAUGAAAGCAACAGUGAUGCAGGCAAACUAAAGGAAAUUGUUGAAGACAACAUAAAUGAGUCCCAGCAGGUUAAAACAGAGAUAGAAGCAUCAGGCACUAAAGAAGAUGAUUUAAAUGAAAAAGACUUCAAGUCAGUGAUCAGCUCUGAAUUAGAGGCUGAAAAAGAGGAGGAGUCAAAGGAUGGGGGGAAUCAAGGGGUGAUGAAGGUGGAGGAUAACGAGGAACUGGAGGAUUUAAAGGAGAUAAAAGAGCAAAAGGGAGAUGAGAAAGAGAGUAAUGAGGCAGAAGUGGAGAGCAUGCAGGUAGAGGUGGAAGACCUAAAGGAGGCUAACAAACAGUUGAAGACAGAGGAGGAAAAACACCCCAAGGUGGAGGAGUUAGUGGAAAAAGAGGAACUGGUGGGUCUAGAGGGAAAAGAGAAGAAAGAAGGUGAAGGGGAAAAGGUGAAAGAGCAAAAGGAAGAUGAGGAAGAAAAGGAGACU